UUUUUUUAAUUCCACUGGGGAGGAUAUUACUGCUUUGCACACAUAAAUUUAAGUAUUUGUCAAUCUUAAAAACCAGCAGUCUAGUUGGAAUAAAAGCAUCCAAUCAUUUAUGAAUAACUAGGCAGGAAGAAAGAAAGUGAUUUGGCACUAUGUCCUGGGCCCAAGUGUUAAGCAGCAGUGGUAGAUUUUGGCAUUAAAGAGAAUCUGCCAUUAAAAAAAGCGUGUGCACAAGGGGAGUUCUUCAGCUAUGGGGUCUGCUUCAUCUUUGGUUAAUCCAAUGGUCACUGUUGGGGAGGUGAUUGAAGAUCCAUAUGAGGGAGGGGGUGGUGAGGCCUGCGAAAUUCCUGUUGAAGUAAAGCCCAAGGCCCGUCUUUUGCGUAGUUCUUUUCGACGGGUAGGUGCAUCCCGACCUGGAGGCCUCAUUGGCGCAAGCUUCAAAUCUACUGCUUCUGUACAAGAGCUGGAAUGCAUGGCAGAGUAUGAGCGCCUGAAAAAGGAAUAUGAGAUCUUUCGCAUUAGCAAGAACAAUGAGGUGGCUGCCAUGAUGAAGAAAGAGACCAAGCUGGACAAAGAAAACAAACGCCUGAGGGCAGAACUUCAGGCACUUCAGAAAACAUAUCAGAAAAUCCUCAGAGAAAAGGAAAGUGCUGUAGAGGCCAAAUACCAAGCUAUGGAAAGAGCGGCUACAUUUGAACAUGAUCGUGACAAAGUCAGGAGGCAGUUCAAAAUUUUCAGAGAAACCAAGGAAAAUGAAAUUCAGGAUCUACUGAGGGCCAAGCGAGAGCUUGAAGCAAAACUUCAGAGGUUACAAGCUCAGGGUAUCCAAAUAUUUGAUCCUGAAGAAUCAGAUUCAGAUGACAGCUGUACAGAAAUUACUGCUGCUGGAAGUCAGACAGAAUAUUGGAUGGGAGGAGCCUUGGGAAGUGAGCCUUCCAUGGGCAGCAUGAUGCAGCUUCAGCAGUCUUUUAGAGGACCUGAGUUUGCACAUAGUUCCAUAGAUGUGGAAGGACCAUUUGCAAAUAUCAAUAGAGAUGAUUGGGAUGCAGCUGUUGCCAGUUUAUUGCAAGUCACUCCUUUGUUUUCCCACUCUUUGUGGAGUAACACAAUAAGAGUGUAUCUCAUUAGCACUGAAGAGACUCAGUUGGAAGUAGACAUUUUCAUAAAGAAAUAUUCUCCAAAACUUCAGAAAUAUUGUGAGACAAUGGAGUAUUUUUUUCAAGUUGUCUAUUUUCCAGUAGAAAAUGAGAGUUGUUUACAUGCUGUAAGGAAAUGGGAAAUUGAGAAAAGUUCUCUAACAAUUUUGUUUUUACAUUUAAGUCUACCAAGGUAUCUACUGGAUGAGUGUGAAGAAGCCUUUUUGAAAAAUCCUGAAGGAAAACCUCGGCUCAUUUACCACCGGCUAGAAGAUGGUCAAGUCAGUUCAGAUUCUGUGCAGCAAUUAAUUGAGCAAGUUCAUUUUGUGAACAAAGCAAAGAUCAUCAACCACAUGGGAGGAUUAGAGGAAGGAGCAUAUGAAGUAUAUAGUUAUGUGGAAAAGAUUAUAAAGCAGGAUAUAUUGGGCUGUGAAGUUUCACAUAUAGAGACGAAAGAUGUAACUGAUAAUGAUGACUCUUCAGUUCCCGAAGAAGAAAUGUUUGGAGAUGUCCUAUGGGAUGCACAUGAUGAACAAGAACAAAUGGAGGCUUUCCAGCAGGCAUCUAAUUCAGCAUGUGAGCUAGGAUUUGACAAAUAUUAUGAAUGUCUGAAUGAUUUGGUGGCAGCCCCUGCACCAAUUCCACCCCUCCUUGUAUCUGGAGAGCCAGGUUCUGGAAAAUCGCUCCUUUUAUCAAAAUGGAUUCAGUUACAACAGAAGCAUUCUCCAAAUACACUCAUUCUCUACCAUUUUGUUGGGAAAGCCAUGUCGAGCAGUUCAGAGCCUACACUGAUUCUCAAACGUCUCACUUUAAAGCUUAUGCAAAAUUCCUGGUCAGUCUCACCUACUUCAUUGGAACCAGCUAAAUUAUUAGAAGAAUUUCCUCGUUGGCUAGAGAAACUUUCUGCUCGCCAGCAAGGCAGUAUUAUAAUCAUUAUUGAUUCAGUUGAUCAGAUACAGCAAGCUGAAAAGCAUAUGAAGUGGCUGAUUGAUCCACUGCCAGUGAAUGUAAGAGUUGUGGUAUCUGUGAAUGUUGAAAGUUGCCCACAAGCUUGGAGGCUGUGGCCUACCCUUCAUCUUGAACCAUUAACUGUCAGCUGUGUCAAAUAUCUUAUUAAUGAAGAAUGCAACAGCGCAGGCCUAAAGCUGACCAAAGAACAGGAGAAGAAGCUUGAGAAACACAGUAAUUCUACUUCAACAUGCAAUGCCCUCUAUGUUACUCUUUUGGGCAGAAUUAUGGCUGGCAUCAAAAGUACAGAAGAUAUAGAUAUACUUCUACAGAAGUGCUUUGAGUGCCAGAAUGUCAUGGCUCUUUACCAGUUAGUUUUGAGAUCAGUUGAAGAGUCCUUGAAAAGUGAAAAAGAGAAAAGGCUCAUGAAAGAGAUUCUCUGCCUCAUCAGUGUUAGUCACAAUGGAAUCAGUGAAUCAGAACUCAUGGAACUCUGCCCUGAGCUAUCAUGGGAAAUGCUGGCCUCCUUAAUUUACAGUAUGCACAAAAUGUACAUUUUGACAUAUAGAUGUGGUUUGUUAAGGUUUCAGCAUCUUCAGGCUUGGGAUACAGUAAAAUUGAAAUAUAUGGAAGGAAGUCAGAAUGGUUUUGCCUCUUACAGAGAAAAACUGAUAGACUACUUUACCAGGCAAUUGAGUGAACAAAGAGUGACAUGGAGGAGUGCAGAUGAAUUGCCCUGGUUGUUUCAGCAACAAGGAGACAAGCAGAAGCUACAGAAAUGCUUAUUGAAUCUCUUUAUAUCUCAGAAUCUUUAUAAAAGGGGACAUUUUGCAGAACUACUCAGCUACUGGCAGCUUCUUGGUAAAGACAAGAGCUCCAUGGCAGUAGAAUAUUUUAGUUCUCUGAAGUUAUAUGAGAAAAACUGUGAAGGAGAAGAAAGCGUGAUUUGUUUGGCUGAUCUUUAUGAGACCCUGGGACGAUUUCUUAAAGACCUAGGUCUUCUCAGUCAGGCAAUUGCUCCAUUGCAGCGCUCUCUGGAGAUUCGAGAGACUGCCCUUGAUCCCGAUCAUCCCAGAGUGGCCCAGUCACUUCAUCAGUUAGCUAGUGUUUAUGUGCAGUGGAAGAAAUAUGGCAAUGCUGAGCAAUUAUAUAAACAAGCACUUGAAAUCUCUGAAAAUGCUUAUGGAUCUGAUCAUCUCAGGAUAGCUCGUGAACUUGAUGCUCUGGCAACAUUAUAUCAGAAGCAGAACAAAUUUGAACAAGCUGAACAUCUUAGGAAGAAAUCCUUCAAAAUUCAGCAAAAAGCUGCAAGACGGAAAGGCAGUCUGUAUGGAUUUGCUCUUCUUCGUCAACGAUCUCUGCAGCUGGAAGAGCUGACUUUAGGUAAAGAUACCUCAGAUAAUGCUCGAACACUUAAUGAGCUUGGAGUUCUCUACUACCUUCAGAAUAAUCUGGAGACAGCAGAGCUUUUCUUGAAACGCUCUUUGGAAAUGAGAGAACGGGUUCUUGGAAUCAGUCACCCUGAUUGUGCCCAAUCACUGAACAAUUUAGCAGCCCUCAACAAUGAAAAGAAGAACUAUGACAAGGCAGAGGAAUUGUAUGAGCGAGCCUUGAACAUCAGGAGAAGAGCAUUAGCACCUGACCAUCCUUCUUUGGCUUACACUGUGAAACAUCUAGCUGUGCUCUACAAAAAGCUGGGUAAGCUUGAGAAAGCUGUUCCUCUAUAUGAGCUUGCUGUAGAAAUCAGACAAAAAUCCUUUGGUCCAAAACAUCCAAGUGUGGCUACCGCUUUAGUAAACCUGGCAGUUCUUUAUUGUCAAAUGAAAAAACAUCAGGAAGCAUUGCCUCUGUAUGAACGUGCACUGAAAAUUUAUGAAGACAGUUUUGGGCAUAUGCAUCCUCGUGUAGGGGAAACAUUAAAAAAUUUGGCUGUGCUAAGCUAUGAAGAGGGUGAGUUUGAGAAGGCUGCCGAGCUCUAUAAGAAAGCCAUGGAAAUUAAAGAAGCAGAGAUGUUGGUAAUGGGUGGAAAAGCUACUUCCCAUCACUCAUCAACAGGAGAUACCCUCAGCAUUAAAAGCACUUUUUCUCCCAACAUGUUUUUUCAACAUGGACCAAGAUAAUGGAAGGUAGUAUAUUAAUCAUUAUAAGGAAAUAUCUUUGCUGAAAAGAAAUAAGGUUCCAUUUUAAAAGU